UCAUGCGGCUCAGGAUUCCGAUGCGCGCGGGGUGCACCAACCUUAAAUUCCUCCGACGAACCAAUGCAUCACCAAUCCCAUCCUAAUUGCAAUUGCUGUUUGAUUCGUUGAUCUCUGAAGAAAAUGUCUACUGUCGCUUUUAACAAGGCUGGAUCGGCUGCUGCUGGAGCGGCGCCUGCUCAAGGCCACUCUCAUGACAACGGUCAUUCGCACGAUCAUGCCAUUGAGCACGGACACACGUUCGCCCCUCUUCCCUGCUUUCACUUGAUCUUACUCAUAACUCUAUCUGCGCAGUCACGAAGUCAUGGACAACCCCGGCUCCUACCUCGCCCGCGAACCUCCCAUCGUCGCCGGCCGCAACUUCUCCGAACGCGCCUUCACAAUCGGUAUCGGCGGCCCCGUCGGCUCCGGCAAAACCGCACUCAUGCUCGCUCUUUGCCAAAGGCUUCGUCCGCACUACUCUAUCGCCGCUGUAACCAACGACAUCUUUACCCGCGAAGAUGGCGAGUUCUUGAUCAGGCAUAAGGCGUUGGAAGCGGAGAGAAUUAGGGCCAUUGAGACGGGAGGGUGUCCUCAUGCUGCUAUUCGGGAGGAUAUUUCGGCGAAUUUGGGGGCGUUGGAGGAGUUGCAUGAACAGUUUAACACUGAAUUGUUGUUGGUUGAGAGUGGAGGAGAUAACCUCGCUGCCAACUACUCCCGCGAGUUGGCGGAUUUCAUCAUCUACGUUAUCGACGUCUCGGGUGGUGAUAAAGUUCCGAGAAAGGGUGGACCGGGUAUCACGCAGUCUGAUUUAUUGAUCAUCAACAAGUGUGAGCUUGCCCCCAUCGUGGGUGCGAGCUUGGAGGUCAUGGACCGUGAUGCGCGGAAGAUGCGCGAGGGCGGACCUACGAUCUUCGCACAGGUCAAGAACGGCGUUGGAGUGGACGAAAUCGUCGACCUCAUCAUCUCCACCUGGAAGAGCACCGUAAAGAAGUGAAGCAAACUAUCUGGGAACAAACGCAGAUGCACAUUCUGUCUCUAGAAUCGUCCUAGGCUCAAG